GUCCCUAGCUCUGUGCAACGCAGCGGAGCGCUCUGUGGCCCGGCAGCGCCGCGGCCCCUUUAAGAGCCGGGCCCAGGCUGGCCCGCGGGCCGCGGGAGCCCAGAGCGCCGCGCGCGUCGGAGGAGUUGGGAGCCGGCUCAAAAGUUUCCUCCCAACUCCGGCCCCGCGCGCGCCGCCGCCGCCGCCCACUCCAGCCCGGGGCCUGGGGCCGGCCCUGCCACGGUCGCCAGGGCCACCGCCAGAGGCAGGGCCGGGCGGGCCGCGCCCGCAGUUUCACUUUGGCGCGUGGAGCCUCCGCCUCUCCGCCUCCCUCCGCCUGCGCCCGGCCGACCCGCCGCGUCCCCGCGCCCGCUUCCCGCCCUGGGUCUCCCGCGGGGCUGCAGGGGUGCAGCGGCGACCCCCGGCCGGCCGCGGAGCCACGCGCGCGCGGGACCACGGCGUGUGCGCCCCACGUCCCCCGCCGACCGAGGGGCUGCGCCCGGGGGUCAGACACCUGUUCGGCCCGGCCCCCGCGCGGGAACCGGGGCAGGAUGAAAGUGACAGUGUGCUUCGGCAGGACCGGCAUCGUGGUGCCCUGCAAGGACGGCCAGCUGCGCGUCCGCGAGCUCACCCAGCAGGCGCUGCAGCGCUACCUGAAGACCCGGGACCAGGGUCCGGGAUACUGGGUGAAGAUUCAUCAUCUAGAGUACACAGAUGGAGGGAUCCUGGAUCCGGAUGACGUCUUAGCAGAUGUUGUUGAAGACAAAGAUAAGCUCAUUGCUGUGUUUGACGAACAAGAGCCACUCCAGAAGAUUGAGUGCCCCAGUGGAAACCCUGUGGAUCGGCAGAGCCCAGACGCUUUCGAGACAGAAGUGGCUGCUCAACUGGCUGCAUUUAAACCAAUCGGUGGGGAAAUUGUCGUAACCCCUUCUGCUCUGAAGUUAGGCACGCCACUGCUGGUGAGGAGAAGCAGUGACCCACCACCGGGGCCACAUGCUGAUGUCCAGCCAAGCGCUGCCAGCCAGAAUGGCCAGAGUUUGAAACCUGUUGUUCCGGAUUCCACCCAGAACUUGGAAAACAAAGAAGCUAUGAAUGGUGAACAGACAGAGCUGCUAACAUCACACAGGACUACGGACACACUGAGUGACAUGACAAGAGCGGUGGAGAUUUCUGGGGAAGGAGACCCCCUGGGGAUACAUGUGGUGCCCUUCUUUUCAUCUCUGAGUGGACGGAUCCUAGGACUCUUCAUCCGAGGCAUUGAAGAACACAGCAGAUGCAAGCAGGAAGGACUGUUCCAGGAGAAUGAAUGCAUCGUAAAAAUCAACAACGUAGAACUCCUGGACAAAACUUUUGCUCAGGCCCAGGAUGUCUUCCGCCAGGCGAUGAAAUCCCCCAGCGUGGUCCUCCACGUGCUUCUGCCUCAAAACCGUGAGCAGUAUGAAAAGUCAGUCAUUGGUCCACUGAACAUCUUUGGCAACAAUGAUGGGACUUCAAGAGCAAAGGUUCCACCUCCUGCCCGUGGGAAAGCAGCUUUGCAGGCAGCAAAUCUCGCUGGAACUCACAGUCCUGAAGCAGAUGAGACGAUUUCCCUGCAGCAAAGCAAGAGCCCCCGAGUUCCAAGGCUAGGAAGAAAACCUUCAUCUCCCUCACUAUCCCCUCUCAUGGGGUUUGGCAGCAAGAAAAAUGCAAAGAAAAUUAAGAUUGACCUAAAGAAAGGCCCUGAAGGACUUGGUUUCACUGUGGUAACCAGAGAUUCUUCUAUACAUGGUCCUGGUCCCAUUUUUGUAAAAAACAUCUUACCAAAGGGAGCAGCAAUAAAGGAUGGACGCCUACAAUCAGGGGACAGAGUUUUGGAGGUAAAUGGCAGAGACGUCACAGGAAGAACUCAGGAAGAGCUUGUAGCCAUGCUGAGGAGCACCAAGCAGGGAGAAACAGUAUCCCUGGUCAUUGCCCGCCAAGAAGGGAGUUUCCUGCCCCGAGAGCUGAAAGGAGAACCCGACUGCUACAUGCUCUCCCUGGAGGCAAGCGAGCAGCUCACCUUGGAGAUCCCCCUAAAUGAUUCUGGCUCCGCUGGCCUCGGAGUUAGCUUGAAAGGGAAUAAAUCCCGAGAAACUGGAACUGACUUGGGGAUUUUUAUCAAAUCUGUCAUCCAUGGAGGUGCUGCUUUCAAGGAUGGCCGACUGCGAGUGAAUGACCAACUCGUUGCUGUGAAUGGGGAAUCUCUUCUGGGCAAGUCCAACCAUGAAGCCAUGGAAACCCUGAGGAGGUCCAUGUCCAUGGAAGGAAACAUCCGAGGCAUGAUCCAGUUGGUGAUACUGAGGAGGCCCGAGAGACCACAGGAGGAGCCUACAGACUGUGGGGUGCUUUCCAGACCAAGUUUUGAGAACUGUCAAGAAGCUCUGAGCACCUCCAGGCGAAAUGAUGGUAGUCCAUUGUAUCCGUUUGGCACUUACAGUCCACAAAAUAGAAGGAAAGACCUAUUGCUUCCCAAUGAUGGGUGGGCCGAGAGUGAAGUACCGCCGUCCCCCUCACCACAUCCUGCUCUGGAAUGGGGCCUUGAAGAUUACAGCCACAGCUCUGGAGUGGAUUCCACAGUGUAUUUUCCAGAUCAGCAUGUCAAUUUCAGAUCUGUGACACCAGCCAUGCAGCCUGAUUCAGUUAACUUGAAAGCCUCCAAGAGCAUGGACCUUGUGCCAGAUGAAAGCGAAGUUCAGUCACUGGCUGACCGCAGACCGGACCCUCCAAGCAAAGAUUUUGGUCCAACUCUGGGUUUGAAAAAGUCCAGUUCCUUGGAGAGCCUGCAGACAGCGGUGGCCGAAGUCAGGAAGAGUGAUCUGCCCUUCCACAGGCCCAGACCACACAUGGUGCGAGGCCGGGGCUGCAACGAGAGCUUCAGAGCGGCCAUUGACAAAUCUUAUGAUGGGCCCGAGGAGGCAGAAGAGAAGGAGAAGAAAAAGGGAAAGGGCAAGCUGAAAGUCAAGGAAAAAAAGCAGAAAGAGGAGAGUGAAGACCCAGAGAGGAAAAUGAAGAGGAAGGGAUUCGGCGCCAUGCUGAGAUUUGGAAAGAAGAAAGAUGAUAAGGGUGGAAAGGUGGAACAGAAAGGUACCCAGAAGCCCGGGAACCUGGGAGAAGAAGAGCUGGAAAAAAUGAAAGAGGAGACGGGAAGGACUGGAGGCAAACACCAGGAGCUAAGGGAAAAGCUGGCAGGAGGUCUUGUCGAUUAUGCCGCUGGAGCCGCUGGGCCAGUGCAUGACAUGGACGAUGAUGAAAUGGACCCCAAUUAUGCCAGAGUGAACCACUUUCGGGAGCCCUGCACAUCAGCAAAUGUCUUUAGAUCUCCGUCUCCCCCUCGAGCUGGACCACUGGCUUACCCUCGGGAUGGACGUCCUCUGUCUCCAGACAGAGACCACUUAGAGGGUCUCUAUGCCAAGGUCAACAAGCCAUAUCAUCCUCCAGCCCUGGCUGACAGUGGCCGUCCCAUGACUGGUAACAGUGACCGCAUCCAGAAACUUCGGAAGGAGUACUAUCAGGCUCGAAGAGAAGGGUUUCCUUUAUAUGAAGAUGAAGAGGGACGAGCAGGGCCAUGUGACCAUGACCUCCGCUGGGUGCCUGGAAAGGGUCCAGAUGGAAGCACACACAACCUCCGCUUUGAAGGGAUGGAGAGGCAGUAUGCGUCCUUACCCAGGGGAGGCUCUGCAGAUCCUGUGGACUACCUGAGGGCAGCACCCCGAGGGCGCUACAAUGAAAGAGAGCUUCCAUACUACCCUGGACCUCAUCCUGGGCACCCCCCAAGAGGGGGCUAUCCCCGCCCCUCAGAUCUGAGGGUGGCAGAUCUCCAGCGUCCUCAGUACUACCCACGCCCACCAGCGCAUCAGCACAGAGGACCCUUCAGACAAGAUGUUCCACCUUCCCCACCGCAGCACCACAGAGUUCCGGUCUAUCAGGAGAUGGGCAGAGCAGGGCCCCGAGGGGGCAGCCCUGACCGGCACCGCUAUGGUAACCAGGAUCCCAGGCAGAAAAACCCCAUGACUGCAGCCGUAUAGCUGAACAUCACAGAGAUCUUCCAAACAAGGAAGCUAUCCAACACCACCUUUGCCCUUGCUAGACCCUAAGGCCUUCUCUAGUUUAAGGUGCUCCGGUACAGAGCGGCCCUUGCUCACUGAGGAUGUUGACACUUGAUUGCUAAUCAGAAGAGGGAAAAGGGGGACAGGGGGUUUGGGGAUGUGGAAAGGAAGAAGGGGGGUCAUAAAAAAAAAAAGUACUUCCUGAUACUUGAAAGGCUGGUUGAUUGAAAGAGAGUGGGAAUUGAUUAACAAUCAAUGGAGUUACACUAUAGUAAACCCUGGCUAGAAAGCCAGAGCUGGUUAUAACCACCCCCACCACCACCUCAUCACCACACAUAGAGGAAGCAGCACAGAGGUACCUGUCUCAGCCAGGCCUAGUCACCCUUUCAGUGAUGGAGCUGUGAGGUCUACACAGUGACAAAGUAGAGAGGCUGUGAACAUGGGUGUAUUCAUAAGAACGGUGUUUUCACUGAGAACCUAGUAACAAUAAUUGUGACCAGUGACCUCUGUGAGACUUUGGACCCGAAGGAAGACUGUGUUUCCUUGUUUAUGGUCUACCUUGGCUACCUGGUACUGCUUGUUUGAUAUAAAGUGUUCACAUUUCCUUGCUUUAGAUGUAAAACCCAGUAGAAUCUGAGUGCAGCAUUAGCAUCCUUGGAGGAUGUGCAAAGUUAUCAGAGCUUCCAGAAGGAACUCUUUCCAGCCAAGCACCACAGGGAGCAGGUGAAGAGGUCCCGUGGGCCUUGCUGGCCUCUCUCCCAGGCCCUGGCAUGCAUGCUUGGACAGACAGCUGAUUUCAGAGUCCUCCCCAAAUGCCUGUCAUUAGCUUCACUGAGACUUCUACUUUUAGACUCCCACUUAAGGGGGAAAGUAUACCUGUGAGUAGUGUGGUUAAAGGAAAGAAAGCCUGCUGGUCAGGCCACACAGAGAGCAAUGUCCUAGGGAUGUCAGUUCCAGACUCAGUGCCAAACAGUACCCAUCUGCCUCUGCCGCAGGGUCAGUGAGGAAGCUGGUUACCCAGAAAGUAGGUGGAAGUGUGUGUGUGUGUGUGUGUGUGUGUGUGUGUGUGUGUGUGUGUGUGUUUCCAAACACAUGUAAUUACCAGUAUGGAGAGUAAAAGAGAAAAUUGCCUUCUGGAAGUUUGAUGAGGAAGAAAUCAGAGGAAGUAAAAGGAGAAGCCGCAUAAGAUUAAAUCAGUCUGCAUCUGCUCUAUCUCAUUAACAAAUGUCAGGGCCAAGCCAAGGGCUCCGCCUGAUUUAAAAGACAAAAACAGAAAAAGUAUCUGGCUCUGGCGCAAGAACCUGAAAAGCCACUCUUGCUCCCUUUGAGCUUUUCUUCACAACAGAGCAUCUGAGGCUUCCAAAUUGAUCCAAAUGGGAACACAAGCAAAAGACUGUGAGAUGGCAGACACAGCCGGCUCUCUGGGUUCCUCGGUGUCUGCUAAGCCGUUCACAGUCCCUCUUCACCCCGUCCCCAAAAGGUCCUUGGUUCAAUAUAGGCACAUUUUGGCUGAGAGUAGAAUACCACUGACAGACAGAAUAUAUUGCAUCAUGGUAUUCUAAAACACAUAGAGUAGCCAUCUGGCCCAAUUUAGUCUUUUUAUUUUUUUUUCUAAAAUAGUUUCGUUACCAAGAAUGAUGCAACCGCUGGUUUUAGCCGUAAAUAGUGUCCUUUGCCUGACUUCAAGAGAGAUCAUUAUCUAAACCACAAUCAUCGUGGCCCUCUGAGAAACUGACUGUCAAGUUGCUUUUUGUCCCCUGCCAUCUCUCUUCAGCCAGAACCCUUACAUCAUAUGUAAUUUGUUCAGCGGGGUGGAGGAGCUCAGGAUCUACCCGGCAAGGUGCUGCAGCUACACCACAGGGUCCCUGGCCACCGGGCUGAAAUUCAGGGCCUUUUCUUUGGGAGAAAAGACACAGUGAAGGAAAUGCAGCUUUGGGGGCGGGGCGAGCAUUAGACCAAGCUUAAGCCAGAUAAGGUAGCACGUGCCUAGAAUCCCUGCAGGCAGACUUCAAGGUGGAGGCUAGCCUGGACUGCAGGGUGAGUUUGAGACCAGCCUAGACUAAAUAACAAGACCCUGUUGUUUGUGGGGGGAGGGUUGUUGUUGUUGUUUUUUAAGAUACUCUUUAAUGUGGUCUAUAUUUUACUCAAAUUUCGGUAAAUCACUGAUUCUGUCCAAGGCUGAAGUUUCCCCUGGCAGGAAGGCUGGACCACUUAGUGGGCCAUGGGUAGGUGACAGUGAUGUGCUGUGGGGAAGGGCACCUGCCGAUGACUGCUCGUGUCUCCAGCUCCAGCACUGACACCUUAGGCACACAGCACCCUAUAUGCAGGCUUCAGGAAAGCUGCUUCAGACCUUGGCUUUGUGCCUUGUACACAGUUCAUCCAAUAGCCACCGUCCCUGAGAGGCCCUCGGAGGCUCAAAGGUAUUAUUAAAGAAAACAAAACAAAACAAAAAAAAAGAAAUGAUAACAGCUUUCUUUUCUUGCUUAAAAGUAUAGCAAUCUCUGCAUUUGAUCCUGCCCUAAAGAACUAACAUUCUAUUUGUGACAGAGGCUGCACCAAGCCGGGCAAUGAUUAAGAACAGCUCGGACAGUAAGCUUUAGAGAUGCCUGAGUACGAUCCCUCCAAUUGUCUCCUCUCCACAUCAUCAGGACCAUUUUCUGGUGCUCUGGGAGAGCUGGUGGUUCUCUGGAAGUCCAUGCUAUUAUGAUCAGCAGGUCCCCUGAAGAAGGAAAGAGCUCCGAGAUAUUUACAACCUUGGGGAAACUCACGUGGAUACCUCUCUGUAGUUGGAAAUUGAGAGAGGACUUAUCAAGACCUGUAAACCUGCCACUGGGCCAGCCAGCUUCACGGGUCCUCUUUCCUCCCUUUUUUUCUAUGACUAGAAAGACAAGAGAGAGAGAGAGAAGAGAAAAGAGAGGGAGAGAGAGAGAGAGAGAGAGAGAGAGAGAGAGAGAGAGAGAGAGACCACCAAAAACCUUUAGUCCCUUCAGUCUUGUCCAACAGAGAGAAACACAGCUCACUGGUCUAUCACACCCCGGACUGAGGCAAUCAUCCCUCUUGGCUUAAUACAGUUUCCCUCCAGAAUUGAAUCAGUGGACAAAGGAACGUUUUCUUAAACCAUGAUUUCAGAGUAAACAAAGCCUAGGGGAAAAAAUUAUCCUAAAACUCUUUAUUCUUAGACUUUUCAGAACAUCUGUGUUGAGCCCACAGCACCCCAUGGAGAAAAAGUCUGAUGUGUUCAAUAGAAUCCUAGAGAAACAGAGCCUUGGGGGCUCCAUUGGAGCCUUAUUUCCGCUGCCGACAGAAUAAAGUUAAAACAACAUCCACUGCCUUGAAUUCUCUUAGCUAAACCUACCUUGUGAAGGAAAUCCUCCUGCAACUUCAGGAUCCGAGAGCUGGCUCCUCUGUUCCCUGGUCCUCAGAGAGACCAAGAUUAUAGAGAAAUUCAACAGCAUUCGGUUUUGUGUGCCUGCUGUUUAGUGUUUGAGCAGUGUUACCUAGUUUCAGGCCUAUGGAAGGAAGUGAAAAGUAGUUGAUAAAGGAAUGUGUCGCUGUAACACGAGACGCACUGAGAGCAGCUUUCAAACUGGUGUUAAAUUGGGUAGACAUCCCACCGCCUCCCCAGUCCGUGUGAACAGAAAGGCUGAGUUUCACACAGUGAGGGGGCAGGGAGUUCCAUUCAGAAAAGUCCAUAAUAGUGUUUCUCCCUUCUCAGUUCAUUCCAGCCUUGCAUAGAGACGAGGCUACAGUGAGCUGGGGAAGGGGAGUCUUCGUAAGUUAUCCCUACAGAGUCACCUUUCUAGUAAAAGGGAGGGCAAAAAGGUUAGAAAUCUAAAAAUAAGCCAGCACUCUCACAUGAAACUAUGGCUUCUAAGUGUAACUUUCCCCCUCCUCUCCUUAAAUAGACAUGCAGUCACCCACAGCCUGGCUGUUGAAGUCGGGUUUGGCUACUAAGCUCCAAGUGGGAAGUGAACCAUUCCCAAAGGCCUUGGCCCGCCCUUCAGCAAGUGUUCCGCUCCAUCUGCAAUGCUGGUGACGGCUGGGACACAACACGAACCCUGGUCUUUGUGCCCUCACUUUCUCUAAUCACCAAGUCACCUGUUCACACAUUCUAAAGAUAAAUUAUGUGAAAUCAUAUUUUGGCAUACGGGGAGGGAGAGUGAAUUCUCUGCAAACUUUUUAAUAUGGUUCCAUUUAUAUCACUGAAGACAUUUUGGAUGUUAUUGUAUAUGAGUAUAUAAAUUUUUCAUGUUUUAUUUUGCAUUAAAAUAAAGCUUUAUUCAAUCAGUGAUA